UACAUAGGUACCUACUCUUUGAUUUGCACUGCUGAAUUUUUCUGCAUUUUCUGUACCUAGAUUUCUCCGUCAAGUGUCAAUUUGUGAUCAACUGUCAAGUUUUUUAUGUCAUUCUUAUCGUGUCGCAUCAUUUUCGUGUUUGCGACGAUAAAGGUUACUUAACAAAAGAAACAAAAUUAAUUUAAGGACUAAAAACUAAGAUAUUUAACAUGACUACUCCUACUCCCGCCCCCCAUAUAGACCGUGAGUUGGAUUUGUCUAACACAGGGAGAGGAGUUUGGCUCGUAAAAGUUCCAAAAUAUAUAGCUAAUAAAUGGGAGAAAGCACCAGGAAAUAUUGAAGUGGGCAAGUUGAAGAUCUCACGAGCACCGGGACAGAGGGCUCAAGUGCAAUUGUCGUUAUCUGAAGCUGUACUUUGCCUUAAAGAGCCUGGAGAACAAAACAUACCUAAGGAACAUCGUCUUGACGUGUCUAAUGUUACAAGGCAGUCUCUAGGAGUAUUUUCUCAUGCCAUACCCUCAAACACUGAUGCUGUUAUACCAGAGUCAGAGAAACUUUAUAUGGAAGGGAGAAUUGUACAAAAAUUAGAAUGUAGGCCAUAUGCUGACAAUACAUACUACAAGUUAAAAUCAGAGUCUAUUAGGAAGGCAUCAAUGCCACAGCGGCAAGUUCAACAAUUGGACAGGAUAGUACAGAACUUCAAGCCGGUUUCAGACCACAAGCAUAAUAUUGAUUACAUAAAGAAGAAGUCGGCUGAAGGAAAGAAAGCCAGGGAUGAUAAGGAUGCAGUUCUCAACAUGCUGUUUGCAGCAUUUGAAAAACAUCAGUAUUACAACAUUAAGGACUUGCAAAAGAUCACAAGGCAACCUAUUGUAUAUCUAAAAGAGAUAUUAAAAGAAGUAUGUAAUUAUAACUUGAAGAAUCCACAUAAAAACAUGUGGGAAUUGAAGCCUGAAUACCGCCAUUACAAGAUGGAACAGGCUGCAGAAGCUAAAGAAGAAAAGAAUAGUUCUGACAGUGAUUAGACUGAGGUUUAAAUAUACAAAAUUGUUAAACCAUUUGUUUUCAUACUUGCAAUAUCUAUUUCAUUUCUUAAAAUAAUUCUUAUCUGUGUGUUGACAUGUUAUCCAACAUAAAUUGAAUAAUAUAUACAUGUAGUAUAGUAAAUUAUUAUUUUGUCUGUAUGUGUGUCAACCUUCUUGAUGUCUUUCUAAGUCUAUACCAUCCAUUUAAUGAUUUCUUAUGAAAUUGAAAUGCAUUGCAUGUGUUAUAUAUUUUUUGACCUAUAAAUGGUUUUAUACUAAAAUAAAUGGCGAGACAAUGUAUGUAUGUUACCAACGUUAUGUGAUAAACUUGUAGUUAUGUCUCCUAAAAACCUCUGUUUUGAGUGUGUUACGGACAAACUAUUAAAGUGUACAUAACUUUUAUGAGACUGUAUAUAUUCUGAUAGUUAUAAGAAUGAUUAAAAUAAAUAAUUUCGUAAAGAA